AUGGAUCCGCUAGACCCUAAUUUCGUGACCCACAUCCGGAAAGUUAAUAGAGGCGGGGUCCAUGCAGCGGCAAUUCUCAGUGGUAGUGUCAAAGCUUACGAGUCUGGAUUAUCAAUCAUUCGCAUUGGUGGAAAACUGAUGGUUGUUGGGGUGGUAAGCACGCAAUCAGGCUUAAGCCUUGAACUUGCAUUCCCGACUUUUAGCUGA